AUGAAGUUUUGUGCCAAGCGUUCCAUCAUCGCAGCCGUCUGGGCGGCGUCGGCCUGGGGUAUUAGUGCUGCUCCCUCAGCAAAGGCCAGGGCUACUGUGCCCAAAUAUUUCCAUGAGAAUCGCUACGACGUUCACUAUGAUGACCGGUACUCUCGCAUACUUCUCGAGGACCCUGAGCAGCGAGAGGCCAUCAAAGUCUUAGUCCAGACGUAUCUGGCAACGUUUAGAGACUUGGGCGUUCAGACAUGGCUGAUGCAUGGAUCUCUGCUCGGAUGGUGGUGGGGGAAGAAGGUCAUGCCGUGGGACUACGAUGCAGACGUCCAAGUCACGGAGGCAGACAUGUACUUCCUAGCGGCCUAUCACAACAUGACCAUAUACUAUUACAAGUACGGCGAUAUGGAGAAAGGCCGCUUCUUCCAGCUCGAGGUCAACCCAUAUUUCGUUCACCGAGAACAGGACGACAAGUCCAACGUCAUUGAUGCCCGGUGGAUCGACAUGCAGACCGGGCUUUACAUCGACAUCACUGCGGCAAGAUACGCUUUGGAUCACAAGGAGGGCGAAGGCGUAUUGUAUGACAAGUUCGGCCACGAAUAUCGCGACACUUACGUCUUCCCUUUGCGAGAUACGACGUUUGAGGGCGUGCCCUGCAAGAUCCCUUACCGCUACGAGGAAAUGCUGCAAGCAGAAUACGGGAGGAGUUCAUUGACGAAUACAGAAUAUCACGGCUACCGGUUCGACGACGAGGCCCGGGAAUGGGUCCCCGUCAAAAAGCAGCCGGAAGAAGAGUUGCGCGCCAAUGUAGACGACGAGUCUUUCAACCUGGACAUCAACAGCCUCGACAUCGGAAGCCUGGUCAUUGCGUCGUCCAUCGCAUCAAACUCGAGUCCCGCCGUCCGCACCAAAUACUCUCCGACGACCUCAGCAAAGAGAAGAAAGCUCGAUAAAGAUGCGCCGCCUCAGCCAGAGCCCAAAUCGAGCUCCACCCCUCGGCGACGACGGCUCAGAUCCCAGCCGGCAGCGCCUCCGGCAGAAUCGCCAGUUCUGCCGAGAGAGACGGAGAUGCAAGAUGCGACGGCCCCGGAGCAGGAGGACGAGGAAGAUGACGAACCCACGCCCAGACAAGGCAGGGCAUUCCAAGUGCCGCAUUCUUCGAGCUCAGUUCGAACACGCGCCUCUCAAAUGAUGGAAUUAGAUGCUGAAGAUGAGCUUGAAACUUUACCUCCACAUCCCAGCGCCAUAUCGGCUGCACUGCUGCAAUCUCCCGGCUCGGCGCAAAGUCCAGAGAAGAUGAUCGAAGAGGUGACAGAGUCUCCCGCAGAUGCGCCAGGGAGCGGGAAACGGCGCCGAGUGCCCAUGAGCGAGACCCUCAGCUCCACCGCGAGGUUAAUGGGAGUAAUAUCUUCAGAUGACGGAAUGCCGAUGCCCUCUUCGCCACUCGCGAGCAAAGUGCGUCGGAGCGAUGCAACGACGGUUCGGUCUGCAAGGUCAGCUGGAACAGUAUACGGCCAGGAGACUAGCGAUUUGGCAGAUGAGCUGUCAUCGGACAAUUUACACCAGCUGGCAGGAAUAGAUGAGGAAGCGCAACCGGUAGAUGAGAGGACCGAGGCUACCGAUUUGGCUAUGGAGGAGGACACUUAUGCCCAAGAAGACGGAGAGGAAGAGGAAUACAGGCUGGAGGAGCAAGAACACGCGGAUGAGAUUGAUGAGGGGAAAGUGGCCAGAAUCUUGAACGAGACGACGAGGCGACCGCGAGGACCGUCUCCAGAGCUGGGAUCACAGGAUCUGGAGGAGCCAGAGGUUAUGGAAGAGGAGGAAAUACAGCCUGAGCAUGAGUCCGAGCCCGAGCCUGAGCCCGAAUCUGAGCCUGAGUCCGAACCGGAGUCGGAACCAGAACCCGAGCCCCAAUCAGAGGCGGAAUCUCAGCCUGAAAUGGAGGUUGCAACCGAAGCAGAAGAGGAAGAAGAGGAGGUAACAGCGCUGCCGACGCCUCCCAAGCGAAAGCGCGGGCGCCCAAGCAAAAGCCCGGCUGCUCAAAAGCAACCCAUUGCAAAGCCGAAGCCCGCCAGGUCAAGGAAACGCGUCGCACCACGGCCCCAAGAUUACAACGAUGAGAACGAAGAAAACGAAGAACCGCAAGCCAAGAAGGCCAAACCCAAGACGAAGAAGCGACUUAGUGACCAGAGCGAGGGCGAUGGAGGAAUGAUCGAAAUCACCGUCCAGCGGUUCGUCAACCUCAAGAAGCGUGGCAACGAAGACGACGAUGAAGAUCCUCUGCAGAGCGAGAUGGCCUUUGUCAACCACGGAGGAGAGAGCGUGAUUGACGUCUUUGCCCAGGUCUGCGACGAGGUGAUAUCUUCCACGCUGGAGCAGUUUAAGGAAGUGGCCAGCGGCACAGAGGACACGGCAAAGAAGAAGGAAUACCGCAUCAAGAUGCGGGCCAUUGAAGCGUACCGGGAGGAGCUCAAGUCUCGGUUCCUCCAGCACGCUAUUCACUUGAACCACUGGCACUCCCUGCGGAAGCGAGUCCGACAUGUGCAGAAAGAGAGGAUGGCUUUGCGCGAGGAGAUUAUGCGUAUCAAGGCCGAGCGAGAGCAGGUCGCCCUUCGAAUGGAUGCCAUCAGAAUCAGACAUGAGGCCGAUUCCAGAGAGUCAAAAUAUUGUCUCGAUGCAUCUUCCCUCAUGCACGACGUCGAUCUCGCCGUGGAACAGGGCAGGGCAGCGCCAGAACUUUCGCGAGCGGCGCAGAAAGAGGCCGAGCUGGCCAAUCUCGAGCUGCUGGUGUCUCGCGUAUCGCAGCAAGCCAGCUCGUCGAGCUUUACGGGCGGGAUCCUCAAGCAGGUCAAGGACUUCAACUCAUUCUUGGAGCGGGCUGCUAUGGCACUUGAAUCGCGAUGA